UUCUCUUGUCCUUCUGCUCCUCAGAGAAUCCGACUCACCCUCCAUCACUCAGACAUGGCUUAUUGUGGACCAUCCUAUGCCAUUCCAUCCUGCGCCUCCUCUCCAGUCGUUGGCUUUGGAUCAGCAGGGCUUGGCUAUGGCGGCUCCCGCGGUCUAGGCUAUGGCUACGGACCUUCCUUUGCAGUUCCUUCCGUGGCCUCUUCUCCAGUCGUUGGCUUUGGAUCAGCAGGGCUUGGCUAUGGAGGCCUCCCAUCCGGGGUACCCUCUGCUAGCCUGGGGAUCCUGUCAGGUGUCCAUCCUUCCUGCAUCAAUCAGAUCCCACCAGCAGAAGUUGUGAUCCAGCCACCCGCCUCCGUUGUGACCAUCCCAGGACCCAUCCUCUCGGCUACCGGUGAACCAGUGUCUGUGGGAGGCAACACUCCAUGCGCUGUUAGUUAUGGUGGUAGUUAUGGUGGAUUCGGCAGAGGGCUUUAUGGAGCUGGCGGUCUUGGUUAUUUUGGAGGCCGUUUGGGAAGCGGCUUUGCCCGCAGAGGCAGCCUCAUCCCAGGCCGCAGGGGCAGUCUCUGCUUGGGGCGUAGAGGAAGCUUGCCUCCCUGCUAA